AUGUUGUACUUGAUGUGGCUGCUGGUACUGGCACUUUCGCACUGCAGGCAGGAGCUCCAGUGCAUCCAUGCCAGUGACAAAGACUACAAGGUGCUGGCGACAGACUUUGCUGAGGCCAUGGUAGCCACCUGCAGGACUGCAGUGCACAACCAGGGUCUCAGUGACAUUGUUGAAUGCAAACAGAUGGAUGGACAGGUGAUAGGCAUCCUGUCCUUCUUUCACCACAUGAUGUUCACCAACCUGAUCUCUCUUCUGUUUCAGGACAUGAGCUUGCUGAGGGAUGACAGUGUGGAUGCCAUUGGGUGUGUGUUUGGUGUGAUGUUCUUCCCCAAUGAGGUCAAAAGAUUCAGGGAAAUGCUGAGAGUGCUGUGUCCUGGCGGGUGUGCAGUCAUUGUUGUCUGGAAGAAAGUGGCAAUGCUGUGGCUGAUGCAGGAAAUUGCCAAGUGGUUGUGUGCUACUCUUCCUCAGGCCUCAGCAACAGAGGCCACUGACAAGGCGCAAUCCAAAGCAACGGCACACAUGGUCUACAGGCUGGGUGACCCUGAUGAGCUCACAAAACAGCUGAACACUGCUGGCUUCACCAACAACCAGAUUGUUAGCAUGUCUCCCUUUGAAGCUGAAUGGACCAGCAUAGAGCCAACCAAUGAAGUUGUUGGGAUGAUGCUGGACAAGCCUGGGGUGAAGGCGUCCUACCCCCCAGAGCAGUGGGACUGA